GAUUGGAAUUUUCCAUUCUGAUCAGCUCAUUAAAGUUAGACCCAUUUCUCAAAUGGGUUUGGCUCAGUUCAAGGCCCAAUGAUCCAAAGUGCAUAUUUUUUCUCUGCUUUUGCGAAAAAACUAGCCGGCUUCUCACUCUCUCUGGCUCUGCAAUCUCCAUCUCCGGCAGCAAAAAGAUUUUUUGUUUUUGCUUUGAUCAAUUGCUGGCAUCAAGGGCAAAAUGGAUGUUCCUCUAUUGUAAUUUCUAUCCCAAAUGCUCCAUUCUGUGAAGCUCCUCCUCAGAUAUGGAAAACAAUCGCAGAAUAUUCUCUGUUCCCUCACAACCCUAACCUCUGCAAAUUCCCUUCAAAUUGCUUCUGUUUCCACAACUGCUGUCUCAAAAGAUGACUAUUUUGCAGCUAUCCACCACAUUUCCAACACCGUUCGUCGUGAAGUGCAUCCAGAGCGCACUCUCAACCGCAUGAACAUUUCAGUAAAUUCUGAACUUGUCUUCCGUGUGCUUCGUUCCUGCUCCAACUCGCCUACAGAAUCUCUUCGCUUCUUCUCCUGGGCCCGUUCCCACUACGUCCCCACCUCUGUUGAAUUUGAGGAGCUAGUCAAGAUCCUCAUUCGCCAUAGAAAGUAUGAAUCCAUGUGGAAAACCAUUCAACAAAUGCAAAAGCAGAACCUUAGCCUUUCUUGUGAUACUCUUUCUUUUAUUAUUGAAGAGUAUGGGAAGAACGGCCUCGUGGAUCAGGCUGUGGAGGUUUUCAACAAAAGCACUAGUUUGGGCUGCAAACAAACUGUUAGUGUGUACAAUUCAUUGCUCUUUGCACUUUGUGAGGUGAAGAUGUUCCAUGGGGCAUAUGCACUAAUUAGGAGGAUGAUCAGGAAAGGUGAGGUACCGGAUAAGAGGACAUAUGCAAUUCUGGUGAACGGAUGGUGUUCUGGUGGGAAGAUGAGGGAGGCACAAGAGUUCUUGGAGGAGAUGAGUAAGAUGGGGUUCAAUCCUCCCGUUCGAGGUCGAGAUUUGUUAGUUGAAGGUUUGUUGAAUGCAGGGUAUCUUGAAUCAGCCAAGGAAAUGGUAAGGAGAAUGACUAAGGAGGGUUUUGUGCCUGACAUUGGAACAUUUAAUUCUUUGGUGGAAACAAUUUGUAGCUCUGGGGAGGUUGAUUUUUGUAUUAAUAUGUAUCAUAGUGUCUGUAAAUUGGGGCUUUGUCCAGAUAUAAAUACUUACAAAAUUUUGAUACCUGCAGCUUCAAAGGUGGGUAGGAUUGAUGAGGCCUUUAGACUUUUAAAUAAUUCAGUUGAGGAUGGCUAUAGGCCAUUUCCUAGUCUGUAUGCACCUAUAAUCAAAGCAAUGUGUAGGAAAGGGCAGUUUGAUGAUGCAUUUAGCUUUUUUGGGGAGAUGAAGGUCAAGGGUCAUUCUCCAAAUAGGCCAGUCUAUACAAUGUUGAUAACAAUGUGUGGCCGUGGAGGCAGGUUUGUGGAGGCAGCAAAUUAUUUGGUGGAGAUGACUGAGUUGGGGCUGGCACCAAUUUCAAGAUGCUUUGAUAUGGUUACUGAUGGUUUAAAGAAUUGUGGGAAGCAUGAUUUGGCUAAGCGGAUAGAGCAGUUGGAGGUUUCCCUUCGAGGUGUUUGAGGCUGCCAUUGAAAAUGAAGAUUAUACCAUAUUAUGUUGUCACAAUGCUGGACAGCUCAAUGUUGCCACUAACCUCUGAAAGGUGGGUUCCUGCUUCAGAAUUCAUUUUCGCCUACUUUAGUUUAAGUAAUUCUUAAUUCAGAAUUAUUAGGUAUUCACAUUCUAGUUAUACAUUUUCAGUUUUACCACACAGCUCUCACUCAGAAUUAGUUCCCUUUAAUUGAAUUUCUCAUAUUCCACUCUUUUAAGCUUCAGUCAGUUAUAUAAGUUUAUAUCCUUGCUUAACGAGGUCUGUUCCUUAGAAGAAAAUUUUUGUCAAUUCAUUGUUGCAUGAUAAUUCAUAGGAGUUUAGAGCAAUUUCUAGCUCAAUUAUCGCCAUCAUUAAUGUGGGAUUACCAGUUUGGUGAAUGAUAAUCAGUGAGUAUUUUCAUGCAAUAUGUGCUAGUGGAAUUAAGAGUUUGUUAUUUUGAUUUUUACCAGUAGUGAUGCUCAAGAAACUAAACCGCUAGACCUGCAGAUGCUUAAUAAUAAUUUAUAUUGUUGUUACUGUUCUCAAACUAUGCUCACCACUGCCGGGCUGAGGAAAUUGUGUAACAGUGUGUUUUAAUAAAACUUCAGUUUUUAAAGGCAAAUUGUUUUGCAAGGAUUAAACAAUAUCACAGUAGUGCUCCAAAGCUCCCUUGCAUUCUUGCCUUCCUCAAUGUGUGGUUCAUGUCCUAUCAUUCUUCUACUGCUCUACUUAAUAAUAUGACAUAGUUACUAAAACACUCCAACCUUCCAUGGUAUCCAGCUUGUUCUUGAUCUCGACUUUGGUAGUGAUGUUUGCAUGCAUAUCCUUGCUGUCUUUCAGCUGUAUACUUCCUGAUUUCAAGUUGCUUAUAACUCACUGUUGUGCUUGUAUAUUGCACUUUCUUGUGAAGUUUGUUGAGAUCUAUGCUUGUGCAGAUUUUACCAAAGGAAUAGUGAAGAAUUUGAUGAGCGAAUCGGAAUUAUGCAUCCCUUUGCAGAGAGGAGUAAAGUUUUGAAACCACUUUGUUCUGUACAUUAUAAUAGAGCUCACAUCCCAUUGUCAUUCGGAAGUAAUAUCUUCUCUUUUUUCUCUUCGUCCCCUUUUGACCUUUCGCUUUUUCCCCUAGAACUUUGCUUCCUCAAGAGGCAAGAAGAUGGGCAACAAGAGUGACUAUAUCUCUUAUAAACAUGGGAGAUUUUCCAAGAAUCAAAGACAAGGAGUUUCAUAUCACUAA